AUGCCUCGACCAAAGCCAGGAGAGCCACCGAUGUUCAGAGGGGCGUUGGAUUGUGUGAAGCAGACAAUCGCCAAAGAAGGUUUCUUCGCGUUGUAUAAGGGAAUGGCCGCUCCACUUGCUGGAGUAAGUCCCUUAUUUGCGGUGUUCUUCGCCGGUUGUGCUGUUGGUAGACAUCUUCAGACGACGCAUCCAGAUCAGGAGAUGACAUUCAUCCAGAAUAUGAACAGCGGUGCAUUGGCUGGUGUGUUCACUACCAUCGUUAUGGUACCAGGAGAACGGAUCAAAUGUCUGUUGCAGGUGCAAUCUCAUGGUCAUGCACCGUCGGGUGUGCAUUAUGAUGGUCCUUUGGAUGUUGUAAAGAAGCUGUAUAAGCAAGGUGGACUCACCAGUCUUUACAGAGGAACGGGUGCGACACUGCUGCGAGAUAUACCAGCGAGCGCGGCGUAUUUGUCGGUAUAUGAGUUCCUCAAGAAAAAGUUUUCCGGUGAGGGCGCUCAACGUACUUUAUCGCCUGGCUCCACGUUACUAGCCGGUGGACUCGCUGGAAUUGCAAACUGGUCAGUAUGUAUUCCUGCGGAUGUGCUGAAAUCGCGUCUUCAAACCGCUCCAGAAGGCAAAUAUCCCGAUGGAAUUCGAGGCGUUUUCAAGGAGGUGAUGCGAGAGGAGGGUCCAAAAGCGCUCUUUAAGGGUUUCACACCGGUGAUGCUGCGUGCAUUCCCGGCUAACGCCGCUUGCUUCUUCGGCCUAGAACUGACCUUAGCCGUAUUUCGAUUUUUUGGAAUAGGAGUGGGCAAGGCUGAGGCGAUCGAGAGCAGUAUAGAAGGAAGUUUUCCCAGCAGCCAAAUAUAG